AUACAUUGCGGGGUUGGUUCAGUUCCCGUCGGACGCGGUUCCUCUUCGGUUCGAUUUCGGUAGUCAGUCAGGACUCCGUGUUUGCGUGUUGCUCACGGUUUGUGACGGUUUCGUGGUGUGCCACCGAUCGCAAGGCUGAACGCAGGCCUUUUGGCACAAUAAUGGGAUAGUUCGUUGAAAUGUUUCGCAGAAGCACAUGGCGCACGUUGUGGAGUUCAACCCUCGGGAGCUACGACAACGACGUUGGUUGAUGACGAUUGUACGAGGGUGGAUGAUUGCUUCGGUUCGACAGUGGUAGUGUUGCAUCCUGUUUCCGUGAUGAUGGUGUUGGUGGCAUGGGAGUGUGUAACUACUUAACUAGCAAUUAUUGGGGCAGUUGUUGGCGGCGUAGAGGGCGGAAGGGUCGGCGAGAGGUUUGUAGACGACAUUUAGGUGCGAGGGUGGGCUAUGAAUGGUGCCAGUAGUAGCCAGCAGCAGCAGUGGAGAGCUUCCGUUCGCGGGCAACGGGCAGGAGGGAAGCGUGGCAUGGUUCGUUCGUUGAGUUACAAAAACAGACGUGCUUCGAAGGAAUCCGACUAGUUUCGCGUCUGCAUCCGAACGGUUCACUUGUGGAAUUUUCACGGAAAUUUCUCGGAACAUCGUUGUUUUCGUUCGAAUGUUUCGGAGAAGCACUGCUGGCGCCCGAGGGUGGAGUUGUUGUUUUUUCUUUGCUUGAAAAUUAACAAUCGUCAUUCGUUUUAAUGCAGUGAAAUUUAUACGAAGAUGAAAAAUUACAACAUUCAAUGAAAACACAUUCAAGCUUUUUUUCUCUACUCAGCUUCGAAUCCAGCCUGUGGACUAUUGUGCUUACUCGUCGACUGGAAUGGUGGCUGGCUUUGCCUUGACGGGCCGGAAAAACAACAUCGCUUUUGUGCGUUUCACCCCGCCUAAAAGUAUGCCAUAAAUCAUAAUGUAAUAAAUUUGUAACAAAUUUCUUCGGUCACGCUGGGAUGCUUUUUUCCCCCCGGACGAUCCGAACAGUGCCAACGACGAAGGAAGCAAAACUGAAACGAGUGGUGAAUAGAUGAUUUUGUUUGGAAUACAAAUUUGCCCUCAUCCCAAAUCCAAUUGUGCUGGUUCAGAGAUUUCUCCCACUUGGUAGGAAGGACAUCGAGAAAAAAGAAAACAAAGUGAUGAUUCGGGCGUGAAGAAAUCCGCAAAACAAAAGGCGCCCAAAUAUAUACUGCUUCGUCACACAUUAAAUGCGGCAUUGAGGCUGAAAAAAAGCCCAAAAGCUCAUCGGUGCGGUCGAAGGGAGAUAGUGCAGUGUGGAAGAGCAGUGGCAGUUCGAUUCAGCCGGCAAAACGGUUUUCCAUUAAUGUGAUUAAUGAUGUGCGAAAGCGAUUAGUGAAAUUAGGCAAUCUAGGUACCCAUCCAGAGAAGCUCAGAAGGGAAAAAGAGCCGGUAGAGCUUACAGAGCUAAAGCUGCUUCGAGUCUAGUGGAGCGUGAAGUUUUUCUUCUUUCUUCCUACUUCGCCUAAAUUCCUACUCUAGGGAAUAUCGUUCCUAGCCGCCAAAGAAGACGACGACACGACGAUUGAUGAAAUGGUGCGUUUGAUGGAAAGUCGGGUGCCGAAAAGUGCUGAGUGAUAUGAACGGUCCUGGAUAGGGUAUCUUCUUCUUUUCGGUCAGGAGUGAAGGAAGGUUAUAAGCUAUAGCGAAAAAGUCAUCUCGGUGAUGGAAGAAUGUGUUGUUUUUCCUUCAGCUGCCUAGUUUGGUGAAAGUGAGAAGCUAGGAAGAUAGCAAAACCGGAAGAAGACAAAACUGUGCUGGUAGUUUGCGGAAGUGUGAGGAGAUCAGGAAAGCUGCCUGGCGUGUAGAAAUCGGGUGGGGAGCAUCGCAGCACCGUAGACAAUGGAAUUCAAACCCAUGGCCACCAUCGCGACGAUAGACAAAGGGAAUCCCCCGCUUCCGGCCGCCUUGCUGCACCAUCCACCUGCCUCUCCCACAAAUGUCGGCUGCUGUGCGAUAGGGCGCCGAACUCCCCCGAGGCCACCGUCGGAGAUCUACUUCGAAAGCCGGGGCAAGUGCUGCAAGAAGCUGCUCCGCUACAACGGCUAUCCGAAUAAGGUCCUUCUCUACCCCGAAGAGGGAUGGGCACGCAGUGCAGCAUCUAGCUAUUGGACAAUCUCUCCAUGUCGAUGGCUGAGAAAUCGCUGCAUAGUGGAAGAGGUGGCCGGAUCAAGAAAACAAUCAACCCAGGGUCGAAUGAUCGUCGUAGGCGAUGGAGCACUGCUGAUAGUCGGCACGUUCAAAAGACGAGUUCCGGAUCCUGAUUUCAAGCUGUACCUGUCCUCCAACAUCACCCUGGCCGACUACAACAUGGGCUACUGCCUGACAGGGACCCUCGAGAGGGGCGACCAACGCUCGAAUCAAUUCCAAACCACACACUUUGCGGUGAUCCGACGGUGUUGGCCAGCGAACGAGCCGGACUCUACUUCCGGUGGCCACAAAACCCAACACACGUACAUCGAUUUCCUCUUCAACCGAUGAUAGUGCGGAACUUUCGGUGCCAUGCUAGCCAAAGCCAAGGCGCGCGCGUGGGCGAAACUCAAACAUAUGACAAAUACGUAAACGUGUAAAGUAUCGGUGGUGCUAGGAACACACGACAAGAACACGACACACACGAUGGAUGGGGAUGAUUAUUGUUUGUUGCGAGUAGAUAUACACUACUGGUCAAAUGUACGGACCAGCUUGAAAAAGUAUUACAAUAUAUAAACUGAAUAUUGAA